AUGGCAUGGCAACCAUGGGAGAAGUUCAAGGCCGACCACCCCGCCACGGCGGACCGCAUGGUUGAUUCAUGGGCCGCCGUACGGCCUUACCUGCCUCCGGUCAACUUCAUCACCAUGCACUACGCCUACUUCAUCUUUGUGGGGCUCAUCUUUGCCGGCAUCUUCUACGGCCUGUCAAACCCGACCCAUAGCGUCAGCUUCGUCGACAGCCUUUUCCUCGUCUUGUCUGCCUUCACCACGUCCGGCCUCAAUACAGUCGACAUCAGCCAGCUCUCAACCGCCCAGCAGGUCAUAAUUGCCUUGAUGAUGGUCUUGGGAAGUCCCGUAUUUGUCUCCAUCUUUACAAUCUGGCUCCGCGCCCGCGUCUUUGAGAAGCGAUUUGAGGACAUUGUGGAGGCCGAGCGGAACAGGAGGAUGAAGAAGACGGGCGCCAUUGUCGGUAUGGCUGGCGCAAUGAUUGGUCUGCCCGUCAUGUCAUCAUUCAAAGCUUCCAAACGGAAGGCCAAGAAAGGCAGACACGAGCGGCGCGCCGAGGCAGACGCGUUCCAUCUGUCCGGUUUUAAAUCCCGCGAUAAAAACCUGGACCAUUCCCGUAACGAGAGUCAUGAUGCUGCACCAGGAUCCGGCAUGCUGGGUCCCAUCCAGGAAGGCCAGAAGCUCGACGUCUCCACCAGCUCCGCCGAGCCGCUCUCGCCCAAGUCAAACACCACCACCAGGCGGAGGCCCUUAAGUCGUGACGACGGUCGCCAGUCCAUGUCAGAGGGCUUUGACUUCAGGACCUUUAUCCACGAGAACAAGAAGUCUGUCGGUAGGAACGGCCAGUUCUUCGACCUCACGGAGGAACAGCGCGAGUACUUGGGGGGCGUCGAGUAUCGGGCCUUGAAGAUUCUCUUCACCAUUGUCUGCGUCUACUUCGUCCUCUGGCAGCUCCUCGGGGCCAUCGCGCUCGGCGCAUGGCUCUAUGUGCACAGCCAAAGCAUCACGGCCGUCAAUACCCAGAACUCGUGGUGGGCCGGAAUCUUCCUGGCCAUCUCUUCGUUCAACAAUGCCGGAAUGACACUACUCGACGCAGGCGUGGCUGCCUUUGACAACGAUGCCUUCGUCUUGACCAUCGUGACAAUCCUGUCUCUUGCUGGAAAUGCUGCGUUCCCUGCGUUCCUCAGGGCGACCGUCUACUUCUGCAGCAUCGUGUUGAAGAUGUCGGUUGAUGACGAGGACUAUACUGUCUGGAAGGAAGCCUUCGAUUUCAUUCUGAAGUACCCGCGUCGUCUGUACAUGAUGAUGUUCCCUGCCAAGGCCAACUUUGUCUUCGUCACCAUGUUCUCCACUAUCGCGGUCAUGGACUGGGUUUUAUUGCUGGUUCUCAGCAUCGGCAACUCUGCCAUCGAGGCAUACCCAGUUGCGAAACGAGUAGGGCUGGCUGUCUUUCAGGCACUGACCAUUCCCUCGGGAGGUUUCGCUGUUGUUCCGGUAUCGAGUCUCUAUUUCGACGUUCUGGUGUUGUGGGUCAUCGUGAUGUACAUCUCUGCCUAUCCAGAGAUUAUUGUUAUGCGUAAUUCAAAUGUGUACGAAGAACGGUCGCUGGGAAUUUACACCACCGAACCCGAAAAGAGCGAGGACGGUGACUCGACAAUCAACGAGUCGACAGAUGAGCUCCUACCAACCUCUGGACCCCUCCUAUCCCCACCCACGUUUGGCGUUGCCCUUGGCCCGGAGCGGACAGCCGUGUCUGCGUCGGGCGUAUCACAAGCAAAAUCCCGCAUGUCCACCAAGUCCGUCAAGAAGCUGGCCGCCGUCGGCAGGCGGGGCACCUCCUUCGUGGGCAAGCAGAUCCAGAACCGGAUGAACAACUUCCAGGGCGUGGGCGUGACGACCAGGCCGCGGCUCAAGCGCUCCGAGGAGAUCAACUUCGACGAGAAGCCCGGGGCGGCCGGGGCGGCCUCCACCUCGACGCCCGAGGGCCACGUGAGCCUCGUGUCGCAGCACCUCCGCGGCCAGCUGUCGCACGACAUCUGGGCCAUCGCUUUCUCGCUGUUCCUUAUUACCCUCAUCGAGACGUCCCACUCGAUCGCGGACCCACGCUCUUACAGCGUGUUCAACUUCAUGUUUGAGAUUGUGUCCGGGUAUACAAACAUCGGCUUGUCGAUAGGGCUGCCGGACCACUCGUACAGUUUCUCCGGAGGCUGGUACACUGGGUCGAAGCUCGUCAUGAUCGCGAUGAUGAUCCGUGGGAGGCACAGGGGCCUGCCCGUCGCGUUGGAUCACGCCGUCAAGCUUCCUGGGUGGGACAACGUGAAGAAGCAGGACGAGGAUGCUGAGAUAAGGCGGAGCAUGGGUAAGAGUCGGGCGAGCUUGGAAAUAUAG